AUCACGUGACAGAGCGGCGGCCGUUCCCGGGCGGGAGGACGGGCCGGGAGGUCGCCAUGGAAGCGCCCUCAUUGCUGCUGCUGCUGCUGCUGCUGCUGCCGCCGGUGCCGGCCCCGGCCCCGGCCCGCGCCGCUCCCGGUGCCCACGCAGCCGGACCCGGCCUGGAGGAGCAGCUCUUCCAUCAGGUCCGGGACCACUUCAGCUUCGAGACCUACGGCAACGAGACCUUUCCGCAGCGCUACCUGGUCUCAGCCAAAUUCUGGAAGAAAGGAUUUGGACCCAUCUUUUUCUAUACUGGCAAUGAAGGCGACAUCUGGACUUUUGCUCAGAACUCUGGGUUCAUAUUUGAAUUAGCAGAGGAAGAGGAAGCACUUGUGAUUUUUGCUGAACAUAGGUACUAUGGGAAGUCUCUUCCAUUUGGACUUGAGUCGACACAGCUGCAGAAGACUGGUCUGCUCACCGUGGAACAAGCCCUGGCUGACUAUGCAGUGUUGAUUACUGAGCUCAAGCAGCAGUAUGGUGCUGCAGGCUGCCCUGUCAUUGCUUUUGGAGGCAGCUAUGGAGGGAUGCUGAGUGCUUACAUGAGGAUGAAAUACCCCAACAUUGUGGAUGGAGCAUUAGCUGCCAGUGCUCCUCUGUUGUCUGUGGCUGGGCUUGGAGACCCCACCCAGUUCUUCAGAGAUGUAACAGCAGAUUUUCAGAAGUCCAGCCCAAGCUGUGUCACAGCUGUCCGCAAAGCUUUUCAGCAGAUCAAGGACCUGGGCCUGAGUGGAGCCUACCAUGAAAUCAGCAGCAAAAUGGCCACAUGCAAUAAGAUCUCUAACAUGGAGGAUGUUUACCAGCUUUUUGGGUUUGCUAGAAAUGCCUUCACCAUGAUGGCCAUGAUGGACUACCCUUACAAAACAGAUUUCAUGGGUCAGCUCCCUGCCAACCCAGUGAAGGUUGGCUGUGAACAAAUCCUUGCCCAUACUGACCCAAUUCGAGGCCUGGCUGCUCUUGUUGGGGUGUUCUACAACUCUUCAGGCUCAGUACAGUGUUAUGACAUAUACCAGCUGUACCAGUCUUGCGCUGACCCCACGGGCUGUGGCAUCGGCUCAGAUGCUGAGGCCUGGGACUACCAGGUUUGCACCGAGAUCAACUUAACUUUCAACAGCAACAACAUGACCGACAUGUUCCCCGCGAUGCCCUUCACAGCAGCCAUGCGAGAGCAGUACUGCUGGAGAAGGUGGCAUGUCACACCACGGCCACACUGGCUUCAGACAAACUUCUGGGGAGAAGACUUGAAAAGUGCCAGCAACAUCAUUUUUUCAAAUGGAGACUUGGACCCAUGGGCUGGAGGUGGGAUAAACAGCAGCCUCAGUCCUUCCCUAAUUGCUUUGACCAUUAAAGGAGGUGCUCACCACCUGGAUCUCCGAGGACACAACCCAGCUGACCCCCCGUCCGUCACAGCGGCACGCAGGCUGGAAGCAAGCAUCAUCCACGGCUGGGUGAAAUCUGCAGGGAUGGAAAGAGCACAGGAGAAGCCUUGGGGAGCUUCAGGGGGCAGAGGGCUGUGAGCACACACAUCCCUGCAGCUCCAGAGGGGUGACAGACUGCCUAAGGACAGCAAAGAGGACAGCAGCCUGCUGAGCAGCAUAAGGAAGUACUCAUCUCCUCUGCCAUGAUGGUGGAAAUUCACCCUUCUGAAGUGUCCCACCUACCCUUAAUCAAGCACAAAAAGAAAACCAAAAGGCCAAACCACAAGAUGUGGGGCUCCUGCUCACCUGGUUGGCGUGACAGGCAUUAUACAUGGUGAAAAUAAUAAAAGCUUCCCUGAAGACCCAUGAAUCAUCACUGUCCUGAACUGAAGAGUUGCAGUGAGCACCAUAAGGUUGAAUCUAAAUGACUUUUAGACAAAAAGUAAAUAAUAGAUGACUAGCAAAAAAAGCAGAGGCAUGGUCAUUACUUACACAGGUGUUACAUAAAAAAAAAUAUUCUGUCAGCCUCAUCCAGUGUUAUUGGGUUGGUUGUUGGUUUUUUUUUGUUUGUUUUAACUUCCACAAAAAAUCUUCAGUUGUUGGGCUGGAGAUUCACACAAGGUAGUCCCAGUGUAUACUGCUGUGGCUCAAGAGCUUGUGUUAGUGACCAGUAAAGCACACUGCCACUGGAGACAUCUUCAGAUCUUUUGAAAAUAAAUUACAAGUUUAUUAAAGUGUGUGAUAUAAUUUCAUGGCUUGACAGUAUAACCAAAGAAGAUAAAAAAAGGAUACUCCUCACCUUCCCAUGUGGAGUAAACUCAUCUUUGCACAUGAACAGGUGGAUUCUUACCUACAGGAAUGACUGUGCACCAAUAAAUACUAGCAUAAUUGCAAUAAUAUUAAAUCCUGCUAAUCAAUCGGA